CUCGCGGGGCCGGAAGCGCGGAAUGGGGACCAAGAUGGCGGACCUCAAGUCCCCUCAGAAGCUGUCAGGGAUGCCUCCGCCGCCUGAGGGAUUGGGAGGAGGCCGCUGCUCGGAAAUCUCCAUUGAGCUUAUUCGCUCCCUGACUGAGCUGCAGGAGCUAGAGGCUGUGUACGAACGGCUUUGCGGCGAGGAGAAAGUGGUGGAAAGAGAGCUGGAUGCUCUUUUGGAACAGCAAAACACCAUUGAAAGUAAAAUGGUCACUCUCCACCGAAUGGGUCCCAACCUGCAGUUGAUGGAGGGAGAUGCAAAGCAGCUAGCUGGAAUGAUCACCUUCACCUGCAACCUAGCUGAGAAUGUGUCCAGCAAAGUCCGUCAGCUUGACCUGGCCAAGAACCGCCUCUAUCAAGCCAUUCAGAGAGCUGAUGACAUCUUGGAUCUGAAGUUCUGCAUGGACGGAGUUCAGACUGCUUUGAGGAAUGAAGAUUAUGAGCAAGCUGCAGCCCAUAUUCAUCGCUACUUGUGCCUGGACAAGUCGGUCAUUGAGCUUAGCCGACAGGGCAAAGAAGGGAGCAUGAUUGAUGCCAACCUGAAAUUGCUGCAGGAAGCUGAGCAGCACCUCAAAGCCAUUGUAACAGAGAAGUUUGCUAUUGCCACUAAGGAAGGGGAUCUACCCCAGGUGGAGCGCUUCUUCAAGAUCUUCCCACUGCUGGGCUUGCAUGAGGAGGGACUAAGCAAAUUCUCAGAAUACCUUUGCAAGCAGGUGGCCAGUAAAGCUGAGGAGAAUCUACUGUUGGUGCUAGGCACGGACAUGAGUGACCGAAGAGCUGCAGUCAUCUUUGCAGACACGCUGACUCUUCUGUUUGAAGGUAUUGCCCGCAUUGUGGAGACCCACCAACCAAUAGUGGAGACCUAUUAUGGUCCAGGGAGGCUUUAUACCCUGAUAAAAUAUCUGCAAGUGGAAUGUGACAGACAGGUGGAGAAGGUGGUAGACAAAUUCAUCAAGCAGAGGGACUACCACCAGCAGUUCCGGCAGAUCCAGAACAGCUUGAUGAGAAAUUCUACAAUGGAAAAAAUAGAACCAAGGGAACUGGACCCUAUCCUGACUGAGGUAACACUGAUGAAUGCCCGCAGUGAGCUGUAUUUGCGCUUCCUCAGGAAGAGAGUCAGCUCUGAUUUUGAGGUGGGAGACUCCAUGGCCUCAGAAGAAGUAAAGCAAGAGCACCAGAAGUGUCUGGACAAACUCCUCAAUAACUGCCUGUUGAGCUGCACCAUGCAGGAGCUAAUUGGCUUGUAUAUUACUAUGGAGGAGUACUUCAUGAGGGAGACUGUCAAUAAGGCUGUGGCUCUGGACACUUAUGAGAAGGGCCAGUUGACAUCCAGCAUGGUGGAUGAUGUCUUCUACAUCGUUAAGAAGUGCAUUGGGCGGGCUCUGUCUAGCUCUAGCAUCGACUGUCUCUGUGCCAUGAUCAACCUUGCCACCACAGAGCUGGAGUCUGACUUCAGGGAUGUUCUGUGUAACAAGCUGCGGAUGGGCUUCCCAGCCACCACCUUACAGGACAUCCAACGUGGGGUGACAAGUGCCGUGAACAUCAUGCACAGCAGCCUCCAACAGGGCAAAUUUGACACAAAAGGCAUCGAGAGCACUGAUGAGGCCAAGCUAUCCUUCCUGGUGACCCUGAACAAUGUGGAAGCCUGCAGUGAAAACAUCUCUACUCUGAAGAAGACACUGGAGAGUGACUGCACCAAGCUGUUUAGCCAGGGCAUUGGAGGAGAACAGGCCCAGGCCAAGUUUGACAGCUGCCUUUCUGACUUGGCUGCUGUGUCCAACAAAUUCCGAGACCUCUUGCAGGAAGGGCUGACGGAGUUAAACAGCACAGCCAUCAAGCCGCAGGUGCAGCCUUGGAUCAACACCUUUCUCUCUGUCUCCCACAACAUCGAGGAGGAAGAAUUCAACGACUACGAGGCCAAUGACCCUUGGGUCCAACAAUUCAUCCUUAACCUGGAGCAGCAAAUGGCAGAGUUCAAGGCUGGCCUUUCCCCAGUCAUCUACGACAGCCUGACUGGCCUCAUGACAAGCCUUGUUGCAGUCGAACUGGAGAAAGUGGUGCUGAAAUCCACCUUCAACCGGCUGGGUGGUCUGCAGUUUGACAAGGAGCUGAGGUCACUUAUUGCCUACCUUACCACGGUGACCACCUGGACCAUCCGAGACAAGUUCGCCCGGCUCUCCCAGAUGGCCACAAUUCUCAAUCUGGAGCGGGUGACCGAGAUCCUAGAUUACUGGGGUGCCAACUCUGGCCCACUGACAUGGCGCCUCACCCCUGCUGAAGUACGCCAGGUGCUGGCUCUGCGCAUAGACUUCCGCAGUGAGGACAUCAAGAGGCUGCGUCUGUAGUUGCCGCGGUGAGCCUGCCUGAUCCAUCCCACCUCAGGGCUCCUUCCCUAACUAGCCACAGCCAAGGAGGGGGGCAAGGCUAUCUGGCUUCCGAGAGCUCUGGCAGCCCAGACUGUUCCACUGUGGGCAGCAGGGAAAAUAAGGCCUCAACUCACUCCACUCUUUGCAUGCAGAGCUAACUAGGUAGUGCUUUGGGGGCAGCUUCUCCUCACCAAGAGAGGUGGGUCCCUCUGGGCUCCUUAUUAGGUGGGAAAGCCAAGCAGGCCAGCCUUCUGUAUGGGUGGUCAUCUGUCAUCCUGGAACACUGCAGCAAGCAGGCUGUCUCCCUGGCAGCGCUAAAGGACUUGGGUGUACCUGGGGACCUAGGAAAUUUGGUUUACUCUGAGGAGAUGCUGUGAUGUUUUGAUCACCCUGAAUAAAGACACUCCUUGGACAGACA